AUGUGGCACCAGUCUGAUGUCAUAGUCUCCAAAUCGAUGAAGGAGUUUGCUCGGAAGUUCAUCCUGAGCCACUUUGAAGAGGUGGCGGCUUGUGACGACUUCCUGGAGCUGACGGUGCAGGAACUGAUGGGCUUCGUGGGUGACGAUACGCUCAAUAUCCGCUUCUCUGAAAUCUCAAACAAGUAUGUGAAAAACAAUGUCUUGAAAAACUCUCUGGUCGGCCACUUCGACUACAGAAACAUUGUCUUGAGCGGCCUCAGCACCUCGCCUCGGCUUCCAGAAGCCAUCCUGCUGGCGAUUGGCGGCUGGAGCGGCGGCAAUCCCACCAACAUCAUUGAGGCGUUUGACUGGAAGGCUAAUCGCUGGGUCAACGUGACAAACCAUCAGGAGGGCCCUCGUGCUUACCACGGCGCUGUGUUCCUCGACGGCUUGGUGUACUGUGUGGGAGGUUUUAACCGUUUGGAGCAGUUCAAGUGGCACGAGCUGCCCCCCAUGUACCACCGCCGCAGCUACGUCAGUGUGACUGUGAUGCACAGCUGCAUCUACGCCAUCGGGGGAUUUGACAGAGCAUUACGACUGAACACGGCUGAAGUCUUUAACCCUCAGACCACUCAGUGGUCUCUGAUCGCACAGAUGAACCAGCAGAGGAGUGACGCCAACUGUGCCACACUUAAAAUCUGGAACAGUCUUCCUGAAGAUUGGACUUACAUCGCCCCUUUGACCAGCAGGCGCAGCGGUGUCUCUGUCAUUGCCUACUCCAUCCACAUCUAUGCAGUCAGAGGCUUUGAUGGUGUUGAGCGCCUCAGAAGCGUGGAGGCCUACAACCCGCAGACAAACUCGUGGCAUGAGGUGGCUCCUAUGAUCACCACGCGCAGUAACUUUGGCUUAGAGAGCGUGGAGACGUACGACCCCCUGAUGGACCGCUGGAGUGAGGCCCAAGCCAACAGCCUGUUCCGCAGCGCACUCAACUGCUGCGUCAUCUCUGGUAUUUCCAACAUGGCCGACUACGCAGUGGCUCCCGACAUGAUACGUCUGCUCGAUGUGGACUCUGACGAAAACGAUAACUAUCAGAUAUACGUGUAA